UACAUGCAAAUAGCUGUGCAUAAAUAAAACAAAGACAAGAUAAUCAACUGUGGCAAGACAACAAAGAGUGAGCCCUGGGAAAGAUAGGUAGGACUUCAGCUGAGCUUUGAAGGAAGCAUCAAGAGAUGAAGAAGGAGGAGAGAAUUCUAGGUAAAGGAGGCAGUUGAUGAGAACGGCUGAGAUCAGGUGGAAGAAUGUCUACCUGAGGGAGAAAAAGCAAGGAAGCUAAUCUCACUGUAUUGUAUUAUACGCGAAUAUAGUAAAGUCUAAGAAGACUAGAAAGAACGUGGAAAUCUAGUCAAAACCCCACGAACUUCAGAGGGCUGUUUUAUGUAAGCAGAGAAGCUAAAUUCAGCAUCAUGGGGAGCUCUUUUAAACCUGUGGCUGCCAACUGCCUGUGUGUUUGAGUUGGGUCCAGAGAUGAAGGUAAUGUGAUGAUAUUAAUUGUGUCUGGUCUGAGGCUUCUUGAAUUUUCUACCCGGCAUUCUACUCGAGUAGAAGACAAUCUUUCCCUACAAAGACAAUGGUGCUUAUGAAGUAUUUAGAGUUCUGCAGCUGCCAUAGCAACCGAAGAAUUUAUCUUCGUUCGACGGGGCAAGUUGCCAUCCUUUAUGGAAUUUGGUCUUGGUGAUUGGAGGUAUUCCUACAAUCAUUGUUUCCAAAGUAUCUUUUCUCGUUGCGAUUUUAUUUGGAUUUGUUGUGUUGUUUCCAGUUUCCUUAAGUCAGACCUCCUGUAUUUUUAUCCAACCAAGGAUCUCUGCAGGAUUCUGGACCAGCACCAUGAAUACUUGUCUUUGGUGGAAGAGUAUAGAGAUGUCCUCCUGUAAUAGGAGUUUAAGGCGGACAGCGCCUGAGGGGAUUACUAAAACCAUCUCCCCACCCAGCAUUUCUCGAGUGAAUGGCUGGUCUCUACCUCUCCACUCCUUCCAGCUGAUUGCUUGGACAGCCUACGUGUAUAUGACCGUCGUAGGAUUUGGAUUGUUCAUUCCAUUGCUGCCAUUUUUAUGGAGAAACAUCACCUAUGCAGCAAUUGGCUUAUUAUUUGGAUUUCAUCUUAUUGUUCAUAUUACUGCCGUCACAAUUGACCCAGCUGAUUCAAACGUACGGCACAAAGAAAAUUAUGGCGGGAUUAUGCCUAUCUUGGAUAGGGCCAAACAUAAGCAUGUGAUUCAGAACCAAUUCUGCCACUUGUGUGAAGUCACAGUGGGGGUGAAAGCCAAACAUUGCAGUGCCUGCAAUAAGUGCAUCGCUGAUUUUGACCACCACUGCAAAUGGCUCAACAACUGUGUGGGAAGUAGAAACUACUGGUUUUUUUUUAGUAGCGUGGCUUCUGCUGUUCUUGGUAUCAUUUUCCUCGUUCUUGUACUACUAUACAUCUUCAUCCAGUACUUUGUGAAUCCAGAGGAACUCCGCACAGACCCCCAGUUUAAAAAUUACCCUGCAAAUGUAUGGCUGGCGUUCCUUCCUCUCUAUGCAGUGCCAAUAUCAUCCCUUGUGCUUCUGUCUUUAGCUGUGAUCACUUUGUUGCUAAACUUUGUGAGCCUCCUGCUUCUCGGACAUUUACUACUGUUCCACCUCUACCUAAUGUUCCGGAAACUGAGCACCUUUGAUUAUAUGACCCAGGGACGUCAAAAACAAAGCACAAAUCUUCAAAUAAAGAUUUCCAUACCACUGAAAUCAACCAUAAUUAACAUAGAGACUGGACAGGCAGACGAGCAGAAGAAAACAUUUAUAGAUCAAGUUUCCUGUGCAAAAAGGCAAAGGAGCUCUCUUUCUACUGCAGUCUCUUCAAGCAUGUGUUUAGGAUUCAAUCGAGACUUGUCCCAAGCCUGCCUUUCCCUAACGAAUGCAGACAGCAUUAAUCAAUGCUACAAAAGCAGCAAUUUGUUGAAGCCAGAAAAUGAGGCUGUAGUAGACAAAAAAGAACAAACUGCUUCCUCUUCUGAAGACUCUCUUAAUUUGGAACCUGUUUCAUCCUCAGAAAUUCUACCUGGGCCUUCAAAAUUAGAGAGUCUAGUAGUUCUAUACAACACUGGUAUGACACAAGAGAAAACCACAGCUGAAGACCUCUCAAAAGUAAUUCAAAACCAGAAUUCUGCUCCCACCACUUCUGAGGCUCCUAAUCAGAGUCCACUCAAUUCAUAGAGUCUUUUGAGAAUCUGGCUCAAUGCUAGAAUUGAAUUUGGCAUUCCAGAAAAUCUCUUCUCAGAUUUUGUGGAUUUAGAAUAAUUUUUUAACUUUAAAAUUUUUCACCUACUUUCGCUCUCACCACUUCUGAGGCUAAUUUCAUAGAGCCUUUUGAGAAUCUGGCUCAAUGACAAAUUCUAAACUACUUAUAUAUGGUAUUUAAUUUGGACAAUUAUUGGAAUAUGGUCCUCUUGUGGAUUAUUCCUUGUUUUCAUCUUUUAGAAUUAAAAGUUUUUUUUUUAAACAGCAACAAAAG